AUGGGCGACUACGAUGAUUCAAAUCGCGCGUUCCUGCAGGCGUUCAUGGCGCGCUCAACCAUGACGCUGGAGGAAGCUCAGCCAAUCCUCGCGGAGAUUAUUUCUGCUCACGAGGGGCGCUCUGUCAGCCCAGACGACAUUACCCAAGAGCACUUCUCGUCCUACAUUUCUGCCGCGAACACAGCCAUUUCACCCUUCGAUUUUGAAAUCCGUUCCUCACUCCACCAGACACCUAAAGAUCCCAACGAAGACAGCUUAGACAGCUCUCCGACCCGCAUUUACGCUCUCGUCAACACGACAAGCGACCCGUUGACCCAGCUGGCAACGACCUACUCCGCCGACGAAAUCGCGUUCGUGAAGCGCGUGCUGGACUACAUGUUCGACACAAAUAACACCCGAUACUGCGAGGGCAUGGUGAUCUCUGCCAUGCAAGCUAUCCAGCUGGCCAAGGUGUCUACUGCCAACGACGAUAACCGAAGACGAUCACAGAACCCUGCAACUCAGGCGACGCAAGGCGGUGCUGCGCAGAACCUGGGAAUGACGCAGGCAGAGACGAUGAUGAGGAAUCUCGUUGAUCAGGGGUGGAUGGAGAAAAGCCGCGCGGGGAAUUUCAGUCUUACUCCGCGGGCACUGUUGGAGUUACGUGGUUGGCUGAUCGCCACAUACAACGACGAUUCGGCUGGUCCCAAUUCGCACAGGGCGGACCGAAUCAAGUUCUGCGCGGCUUGCAAGGAUAUUCUUACAGUGGGCCAGCGAUGUGGUGAUCGAGACUGCAAGGGUCGACUUCAUGACCACUGCGUACGCAAUUUCUUCCGCGCGCAACAGGCAGAGAAGUGUCCCAUCUGCAAACAAGAUUGGCCGGGUGACAAGUUUGUGGGCGAACGAGCCGUUGCUGCCUCGAACAGUAGACAGAGCAGGAAUGUUCCACAAGAGAGCGUGCCUCCAUCGAUUCCUCCAGUUGUGGCCAAUGGCUACGCUGAAGAAGAGGACAGUGAAGAAGACGAAUGA